ACUCCUUUUUUUUUCUUCACCCAUCAUAUUAAUAAUAAUACAGUUCUUAGCUUGUUUUCAAGGAACGAUUCAUUCACCAAAACCUAAAAACAGGUGGUACCAACUUCAACUCGCUUUCUUCUUAAAGAUAAAGUUUGUAGCUUUUCCGAAACUGAGAUAAAAGAAAAUGGGGAAUCUUUUGUGUUGCGUGCAAGUUGACCAGUCUACGGUGGCUAUGAAAGAAGGUUUUGGAAAAUUUGAAAAGGUGCUUCAGCCGGGAUGCCAUUGCCUGCCAUGGAUCCUUGGAAAGCGAAUUGCUGGUCAUCUGUCUCUUCGGCUGCAACAAUUGGAUAUCAAAUGCGAGACCAAGACAAAGGAUAAUGUCUUUGUGAAUGUUGUUGCUUCGAUUCAAUACCGUGCCUUGGCUAACAGUGCUAAUGACGCAUUUUACAAACUUAGCAACACAAGGUCCCAAAUCCAAGCUUAUGUUUUUGAUGUAAUUAGGGCGAGUGUUCCAAAGCUCAACUUAGAUGAUGCUUUUGAGCAGAAAAAUGAAAUCGCAAAAGCUGUGGAAGAAGAACUUGAGAAGGCUAUGUCAGCUUAUGGAUAUGAAAUCGUUCAAACACUGAUUACUGACAUAGAGCCAGAUGAGCAUGUGAAGCGAGCUAUGAAUGAAAUCAAUGCUGCUCAAAGAUUGAGGAUGGCAGCAAAUGAGAAGGCAGAGGCAGAGAAAAUCUUGCAAAUCAAGCGAGCUGAGGGUGAGGCUGAGUCCAAAUACCUCAAUGGAAUGGGUAUUGCUCGCCAACGUCAAGCCAUUGUGGAUGGUCUCAGAGACAGUGUGAUUGGAUUUUCGGUUAAUGUACCAGGGACAACAGCAAAAGAUGUCAUGGAUAUGGUUCUUAUCACUCAAUACUUUGACACAAUGAAAGAAAUUGGGGCUACCUCCAAGACCUCUGCUGUGUUCAUUCCACAUGGACCUGGUGUUGUUCGCGAUGUAGCUAGCCAAAUCCGUGAUGGACUUCUCCAAGGUUCUGUAGCUCAUGUGUAGCUUCUAUCCCUCCUACUUUGUAUCUAAUUUGUAAUGGAGUGUGGUGAUUUUUUAAUGCUUUUUGUUUUAAUGCUUCGGUUUGUUAUAUAAUUUUCUAUCAAAGUAAACUGCUAAACUGAUCCUCCAAAUAUACGGCAUCACUAUAUCAGUCUUGCAAAGAUAUUUUUUAUAAUCAAUUUGAUCCUUCAAUGAUUUAAAGCCUUGUCACAUUUUCUCUUAAGGACAAUGGUGACAAAAACACCAAUUUGGUAAUUGUCUUGUAUCUUUGUGGGAUUGAUUUGGUGAUAAAGUCUUUGGAGGACAAUUUAACGGAAUUACUCUUGUUUUAUACUUUCAGUUUGCAGCUCUUAUUAUAGAUAAGAGUUUUCUGCAUUAUAAUUGACGCAUAUCUAGAAUAUCAACUAUCCCUGUAUAUACAAGUUUUAUAAAUUGUGAAAGUUGCAUCUAUGAAAUGUUUAUAUCAA